GGCGUCCCGGUGCUGCCGCAGUGCCGCCUGCCCGGUCCCGGCCCUGGGCUCCCACUCCGCCGGCGGCCGCACCUACUCGGCCAUGAUGAGCUUCAGCGGCGCAGACGCGCUGCUGGGCGCCCCGUUCGCGCCGCUUCACGGAGGCGGCAGCCUGCACUAUGCGCUGGCUCGCAAGGGCGGCGCGCGCUCCGCGGCCGGCUCGUCCAGCGGUUUCCACUCCUGGGCACGGACGUCCGUGAGCUCCGUGUCGGCCGCACCCGCCCGCUUCCGCGGCGCGGCAGCCACCUCAAGCACCGACUCACUAGACACGCUGAGCAAUGGACCGGAGGGCUGCGUGGUGGCAGCGGCGGCGGCACGCAGCGAAAAAGAGCAGCUGCAGGCGCUGAACGACCGGUUCGCCGGGUACAUCGACAAGGUGCGGCAGCUCGAGGCUCACAACCGCAGCCUGGAGGGUGAGGCAGCGGCGCUGCGGCAGCAGCACGCAGGCCGCGCCGCCAUGGGCGAGCUGUACGAGCGCGAGGUGCGGGAGAUGCGCGGCGCCGUGCUGCGCCUGGGAGCCGCGCGGGGCCAGCUGCGUCUGGAGCAGGAGCACCUGCUGGAAGACAUUGCGCACGUGCGACAGCGCCUAGACGACGAGGCCCGGCAGCGGGAGGAGGCUGAGGCGGCAGCGCGCGCACUGGCGCGUUUUGCCCAGGAGGCCGUGGCGGCACGCGUCGACCUGCAGAAAAAGGCUCAAGCACUGCAAGAGGAGUGCGGCUACCUAAGGCGUCACCACCAGGAGGAGGUGGGCGAGCUGCUUGGCCAGAUCCAGGGCUGUGGCGCCGCGCAGGCGCAGGUACAGGCAGAGGCGCGCGACGCCCUGAAGUGCGACGUGACGUCGGCGCUGCGCGAGAUCCGCGCCCAACUCGAAGGCCACGCGGUGCAGAGCACGCUGCAGUCAGAGGAAUGGUUCCGAGUGCGGUUGGACCGACUGUCAGAGGCAGCCAAGGUGAACACAGACGCCAUGCGCUCAGCACAGGAGGAGAUAACUGAGUACCGCCGCCAGCUGCAGUCCAGGACCAUAGAACUGGAGGCGCUCAAAGGCACCAAGGACUCUCUGGAAAGGCAGCGCUCCGAGCUGGAGGACCGUCAUCAGGCCGACAUUGCAUCCUACCAGGAAGCCAUCCAGCAGCUGGACGCUGAGCUCAGGAACACAAAGUGGGAGAUGGCAGCCCAGCUCCGAGAGUACCAGGACCUGCUCAAUGUCAAGAUGGCUCUGGAUAUCGAGAUUGCUGCCUACAGAAAACUCCUGGAGGGUGAAGAGUGUCGAAUUGGCUUUGGCCCGAGUCCUUUCUCCCUUCCAGAAGGACUCCCCCAAAUCCCCACCAUGUCUACUCACAUAAAGGUCAAAAGUGAAGAGAAGAUCAAGGUGGUAGAAAAGUCAGAGAAGGAAACCGUAAUUGUGGAGGAACAGACUGAGGAGAUCCAAGUGACUGAAGAAGUGACUGAAGAAGAGGAGAAAGAGGCCAAAGAGGAGGAGGGUGAGGAGAAAGCAGAAGGGGGAGAAGAAGAAGCAAAGUCUCCCCCAGCAGAAGUAGCAUCCCCAGUGAAGGAAGAGGCCAAGUCCCCAGCCGAGGCCAAGUCCCCAGAGAAGGAAGAGGCCAAGUCCCCAGCCAAGGCCAAGUCUCCAGUGAAGGAAGAGGCCAAGUCUCCAGUGAAGGAAGAGGCCAAGUCCCCAGAGAAGGCCAAGUCUCCAGUGAAGGAAGAGGCCAAGUCCCCAGCUGAGGCCAAGUCCCCAGAGAAGGCCAAGUCCCCAGUGAAGGAAGAGGCCAAGUCCCCGGAGAAGGCCAAGUCCCCAGUGAAGGAAGAGGCCAAGUCCCCAGCUGAGGCCAAGUCCCCAGAGAAGGCCAAGUCCCCAGUGAAGGAAGAGGCCAAGUCCCCAGAGAAGGCCAAGUCCCCAGUGAAGGAAGAGGCCAAGUCCCCAGAGAAGGCCAAGUCCCCAGCUGAGGCCAAGUCCCCAGUGAAGGAAGAGGCCAAAUCCCCAGCUGAGGCCAAGUCCCCAGUAAAGGAAGAGGCCAAGUCCCCAGUGAAGGAAGAGGCCAAGUCCCCAGAGAAGGCCAAGUCCCCAGUGAAGGAAGAGGCCAAGUCCCCAGAGAAGGCCAAGUCCCCAGUGAAGGAAGAGGCCAAGUCCCCAGAGAAGGCCAAGUCCCCAGUGAAGGAAGAGGCCAAGUCCCCAGAGAAGGCCAAGUCCCCAGUAAAGGAAGAGACCAAGUCCCCAGCUGAGGCCAAGUCCCCAGAGAAGGCCAAGUCCCCAGUGAAGGAAAAGGCCAAGUCCCCAGAGAAGGCCAAGUCCCCAGUAAAGGAAGAGGCCAAGUCCCCAGCCAAGGCCAAGUCCCCAGAGAAGGCCAAGUCCCCAGUGAAGGAAGAGGCCAAGUCCCCAGAGAAGACCAAGUCCCCAGUAAAGGAAGAGGCCAAGUCCCCAGCCGAGGCCAAGUCCCCAGAGAAGGCCAAGACUCUUGAUGUGAAGUCCCCAGAAGCCAAGACCCCAGCAAAGAAGGAAGUAAGGUCCCCUGCAGACAUUAAGUCCCCUGAAAAGGCAAAAAGCCCUGUCAAGGAGGUCAAGUCCCCAGAGAAGGUCAAGUCCCCAGAGAAGGUCAAGUCUCCUGAGAAGGAAGUCCCCAGGAAGGAAGAGAAACCCCAGGAGGUGAAAGCCAAAGAGCCCCCAAAGAAGGUAGAGGAAGAGAAAGUUCCAGCCACACUAAAAACUGAGGAGAAGGACAGCAAGAAAGAUGAAGUGCCCAAGAAAGAGUCUCCAAAACCUGAGGUCCAGGAGAGGGAACCUGAUGUGGAGAAGCCCAAAGAAUCCAAAGUUGAAGCCAAGAAGGAAGAGGCUGAAGACAAGAAAAAAGCAGCAACUCCAGAGAAGGAAGGUCCUGCCAAGGUGAAGGAAGAGGCCAAACCCAAAGAGAAGACUGAGGUGGCCAAGAAGGAGCCAGAUGACACCAAGGCCAAAGAACCCAGUAAAGCUGCUGAGAAGGAGCCGGAGAAGCCAAAGAAGGAAGAGAAGCCAGCAGCGACUGAGAAAAAAGACGCCAAGGAGGAGAAGGCCACAGAGAAACCCCAGACGGAAGCCCAAGCCAAGGAAGAGCCCAGCAAGGAGGGCCCCAAGGCCAAGACGGAAAAAGCUGAGAAGUCUUCCAGCACAGACCAGAAGGACAGCAGGCCUCCAGAGAAGGCCACAGAAGGCCAGGCCACCAAGGGGGAGAAAUAAGGCAGAGAAAAAAGAACAUCCAGAGCAGCCAAAGAAACUCAGGAGGGUCUGGGAGCUCAAGGAUUGGUGUGAUGAAUUUUCACUUUAUUUCUCUUUUCUUUAGGUAAGAAGAAACUCUUAGAUGAUGGGGCCUAUAAUUCACCAAACAGAAAUUUCUGUUAGCAAUAUGUUAGCAGGAGAGGCAGUCCUAACCCCUGGCCCCACAUUCCAAUCCUGCCCCAGGCGAUGGACAAUUAUGUUAUGAUAGCUUAUGUAGUUGAAUGUGAUAUAUGCCGAAUGCCAUAUGUAAACACUUGACUGUAAAAACUGCCCCCUCCUUUCCAAAUAAGUGCAUUUAUUUCCUGUAUGUGCAACUGACAGAUGACCGCAAUAAUGAAUGAGCAGUUAGAAACACAUUAUGCUUGGGAUGUCUUAACCUAUUCCUGAAUGCCUUGUUUUCCAAAGGAGUGGCGAGCCCUUGCCCAGAGCUCUCUAUCAUGGGAGAGCUGGAGCAGGUGGGGCUGGGCAUUGGCCACUGAAUCAUGCCAGGGCACACUUUUCCACUGAAGUCCACUUUCAAUUGCUUCUGUGCAAUAAAACCAAGUGCUUAUAAA